GUUUCAUCGAAACCUGUCGAAUUUGAUCGGUCAUAUCCCCCUCCCCUGUCUCACUAUAACAGUGUUAUUAUUAUAGUACCGUACAGUAUUGCUAGGAGCGCUGACAUCGCAUCGAACGAUAGUCAAAAGAUCACGCACAGAUUUUGACUCGUUCAUACUACAUAUUAUAUAAUCUGGUCACACAUUUUUAAAUUCAGUACUUAGCAAGUAUUUUUAAGGAUAUUCAUGUGUUUUCCGAGUUCAGUGAACAAAUCAUAUUGAAAAUUCAUUUAAUGCGGUUAAAGUAAAAAAGGCUCGUAUGAAAUUAGUUAAAGCAUCGGGAUUUGUUGAAACCAGAUCAUCACACGCUCGUAAAAUAGUUUGGUAUUACAAGAAGAAAAUCGAUGAUUGUUUUAACUAUCAUACAUUCCUCGAAUCUUCAAAUGAUGAAUUAAUAAAUUUACUUAAAUUGCUAUCAGUUAAUCACCCAAUCAAAUAUAAUCUGAAACUGGAAUCUACUUUUAAAAGACCACAUGUAGAUAACUUAUCAGAGACCAGAGCAUUCAAAAUCAUAGCAAAGGAAAUUUUUACGGAUAAAGAUAUAAGAAAUGUGAUUGAAAAAGAUUUUACAAGAUUUCUUCAUGAAGAAGACGAAUAUAUCGGUAAAGGAAGUGGUUUCACACUCGAAUAUAUGGAUGGACUGCUUCUAGGUGUAUACAAAUAAACAACUAUGAGUGGGUCGUCAUAUAUCAAAUUACCUAACGACAGUGUUGGACUAGUCCAGAGAUUUAUUUUUUAAUUGAAACAAGGGCGAAUUCACAAUUAGAGAGUGA